UCUCUCGCGCGCGCGCGCUCGCGCUCGCUGGGAAAAUCCGAGCAGGAGGAGAGCGGCGGAAGGAGGAGGAGGACUCCUUCAGACACAUCGACACAGGAAGGUAAAUAAAGAAGAUAGGACUCCAGGGGCACGUGCCCCGGUUCCCCGGUGCGGGACAGCAGGGCAGAAAGCCGUCUCACAGAUGUGUCUCCGACAGCGCAGCGGAUCCCGCCCUCCGAACCGUCCUCAUGCCCAGAUUUACACAGGUCCGAUUCCUGCCGCGCGGGCCGGCGAGUUGACCAUGGGGGGAGGUCGCAGCGAGACCUCGGCACUGAGUGGGACCGGAGAGGGGUGGGGCUUUAUCACUACCCAGAAUUCCCAACGGCCCAAUGCUUGCUGUUUCUGCUGGUGCUGCUGUUGCAGCUGUUCAUGGAAUGAAGAGGAGAGACGGAAGCGCAGGAGGAGGAAGAAAAUAUCCCUGGACUCCAAGAUGGAAACAAUACCAAGAUGUGAAUCUUGCACCAAACCCUCGCCAGAGGAGAUCGGGCUUUGGUCUCAGUCGUUCGACAAGCUGAUGAGGAAUCCUGCAGGUCGCAAUGUUUUCCGAGAGUUCCUGCGGACGGAGUACAGCGAGGAGAACAUGCAGUUCUGGUUGGCCUGUGAAGACCUGAAACGAGAGAUCAACAAGAGCGCCAUCGAAGAGAAAGCACGGGUCAUCUACGAGGACUAUAUUUCUAUAUUAUCACCCAAAGAGGUGAGUCUGGAUGCUCGUGUUCGAGAGAUGAUCAACAAGAAGAUGCAGGAGCCGACGCCUCACACCUUUGAAGAUGCUCAGCUGCAGAUCUACAUGCUGAUGCACAGGGACUCGUACCCACGCUUCCUCUCCUCCAGCAACUACAAGGCCCUGGUUCUCGGCGGCUCUCAGCCCUCCUCAGACUCCUAGUCCUCCUCCUCCUCCUCCAGGAGCAGCUCCUCUCCUGUCUUCUGUCUCCAGUGUCUCCGUAUCAUCUCCAACUAAACUUUAAGCACCUUUAAGAGCCUUGAACAUCAGGCUUGUAAAAACGAUCACCUCUGAUUUCAUUUCCCACAAAAAAACACGGAAUUAGGACGUCAAAACAAGGAAAACUACUAAUGAAUGUUUCUGGUGGGAACAUUUAGUUUGGUAGUGUUUUACUCAUCUGUUUACUAAGAUCCAGUCUCACAGAAAACUUUAACCUUUGACCUUUCCCUCUGGAUUUGCUUCUCGCUCUCUGAUUCUUUAAGGGAGACGGAGGAGUUUCGGGGUCAACGCUCUGCUGCGUACUCGACUACUUUAGAACAGAAGCAUCCGUUUGUGUCAUGGGCCCUCACCGGCUAGCUGAAGGAGAACCUCUCAGACCUCCAACAGCUGCCUCUUCAGAAAAGAUGGAGGUAGCUCCUCCCAUCUGAACGGGUCAGGAUGACCGUUCCUCCCUCUGGUUCCUCCUGUUGGGAGCAAGCGGACGGAGGAUGGCCUCAUUUCUACAAAAACGAAGGAGCCAGGAUCUCUGACUUGUUCUGUUAUCUCCUUUCCUGGUUUUUAUUACUUUUUCAAGAAGAGAAGAAUUCCUCUGAACGUGCUGAUCUCCACCCAACACACACACACGCACACACAGCAAUAAAACACUGGCGUCUACACCACGCUGUGUUACUACACUUACGGACGCCGGUGACCGAUCCUUCUAAAUGAACCUUUAGAAGAAACUUGGAUAAGUUGAAAGUAUUUCUGUUUAAAAGGAUGAAGGACUUCUGUCCAUAGCUUCCUGAAAGGCCUCAGCUUGUAGAAAUAGAGAUUCCGUUUUCAGACUGGCCCCAUUCUUCUGUCUAAACAGGAAGUUUCAUUUUCAAAGCACAAACAUGUCUGUUAGGGGUUAAAAGGCUCAGAUCAGCUUCCUUUUUACAGGUUUUCCAUUCUUCUAGAGCUUUAUUACCGUAUUACCCUGAAUAUAGGACCACCCCCUUUCCAAGACUAAUCUUCAGAAAAAGACAAAAAAAAUCACUUUUUAAAUAAACUAUCUUUAUUGACAUUUGAGAACUAAUACUGGGCUGUGCAGUGGCCCAGUGGUUAGAGCUGCUGUCUUGCAGCGAGAAGGUCCCGGGUUCGCUUCCCGGCCUGGGAUCUUUCUGCAUGGAGUUAGCAUGUUCUCCCUGUGCAUGCGUGGGUUCUCUUCGGGUUCUCCGGCUUCCUCCCACAGGUUGAUUGGUCUGUCUAAAUUGUCCUUAGGUGUGUGUGUGUGUGUGUGUGUGUGUGUGUGUGUUGCCCUGCGAUGGACUGGCUCUCUGUCCAGCGUGUACCCGCCUGAUUGCCCGUUGACCGCUGGAGAUGGGCACCAGCCUGUGCCUCACCCUCUCUCUCGUGCUUCUGCAGUCCCGGCUCCCCCCAUAGAACGCCAUCCUCGCUGCCAUCCAUGCAUUAGAUAUGCAGCACGGUCCCUUUGGGUAUUUUACACUCCAGACCGCCAUAUUUUAUUUCCUGGCUGUUGUUUGACACCUCUGCUGUCAUAACUCUGCCUUAGUAACUUGCCCCACUUUGGAUCCACUCCGCUCCGGACCGCUCUUCUCCAUGUUUUCCUCCUGUUGAUAACCAAGUAAUAUAAUUCUCAGCUCACCAUCAAAUGUGGAUGUAAGAAGUCUGACCUCUGAUGAACGCAUCAUAAAACAUCCUCAGGUUUUUGUUCAUGUUUGAAAAGAAAUAGUCAACUGUGGCUCCGUAAGUAUAGUAAAACACACACACACACACACACACACUCCAGGGUGGCUUACCUGGGCACUGCUGCUACUGAUCUCUGUAAUCUCUCACCUUUGACCUCAUCACUGUCCACACGGAUGCCUGCCACUGACUGGCUGCAGGAGGCCACAGGGCUGAUCUGUGGUUGGUCAAUUGUGUGUGUGUGUGGGGGGGGGGGAUUCCAGGUGCAAAAACAACAGACCAACAGAGAGCUGUUCUGUUAUGCGAGGCGGCACGCUCGCCCCAGAGCUCCAUGUGAGAUGCCGAGUGAACACGGGCGAGCUUCAACACAAGCAGAAGAAGCCUCCGUCUCUUCACUUGACCGGUCCCUCAGAAAGCAUUUAUCUCAGUAGUGUUAAAUGUUAUUUAUUUUAUAUUUUGUUAAAACUGUGAUUUUAUUUGUACAGAUAUAAAUAGAAACCUUGGAAAAGCA